CACAAUUCUCUUCCCUCAUUUCCACAUCAAUUUUACAAUAAAGCUUUCUGUUUCUUAACCUAACUUUAAAUCACUCACUCCUAAAAUUUUCUCAGGAAAAUUAAACCCCUCAUUUUCCCGAGAAAAAAAAAUGUCGCACGGCGACACAAUCCCCCUCCACGCCUCCUCCCAAUCGGACAUCGACGAGAUCGAGAAUCUCAUCCAUGCCAGCGUCCAAUCCGGCCCUUCAACCGUCCUCCCAGCCCGCCCUCCGAGCCCUACUCGGGCCUCAAUUCCAGUCUCCUCCUCCCCUUUCAUGCCCUCCAACCUCCCUCCUCCGCCGCAGAAACCCGCUCCUGUCCCUUCUGCGCCGCCUCCUCCUCCUCCUCCGCCGGCGACGGGGUUCGGUUCGGCGCCCAACACGCUGACGGAGCCGGUGUGGGACACAGUGAAGAGGGAUCUGUCGAGGAUCGUGAGCAAUUUGAAGCUGGUGGUGUUUCCGAACCCGUUUCGUGAUGACCCUGGAAAGGCUUUGAGGGAUUGGGAUCUUUGGGGACCUUUCUUCUUCAUUGUCUUCCUUGGCCUCGUUCUAUCCUGGUCUGCUUCUGUCAAGAAGUCUCAGGUUUUUGCCGUUGCAUUUGCACUACUUGCAGCUGGUGCUGUGAUUCUGACAUUGAAUGUACUACUUCUGGGUGGUCACAUAAUCUUCUUCCAGAGUCUGAGUCUUCUGGGUUACUGUCUAUUCCCUCUGGAUAUUGGUGCCCUGAUAUGCAUGUUGAAGGACAAUGUUAUAUUGAAGAUAGUUGUGGUGUGUGUAACAUUGGCUUGGAGUUCUUGGGCUGCAUAUCCAUUCAUGAGUACAGCUGUCAACCCAAGGAGAAAAGCUCUUGCACUCUACCCUGUUUUGCUCAUGUAUGUGUCUGUUGGUUUUCUCAUCAUUGCCAUUGAUUAGUGCAUCGGUUUUGGCUGUUAUAGGAAUUAUAAUAUAGGCUGAUCAAAGGUCACUUGCAGUUAUAGGGAAUUUAUGUGGUGGUUAUUUGCUUCUCAUGUGUUUUUUUUUUUUUUUUUGCGUGUGUGUGUUUUCUUCUAUUUUCUGGUUUCUGCUUCUGACUUGAUGUCUUGUACACUGCCACCAAUAUUUUAUACAUGUAUGAAAUUUUUACAUGAAACUGUAUCCUAUUUCACUUGUAACUUUCUAUGCCAAUGUUUUGACGUAUGUAACAACGUUGCGAUGAGAUAGCGUUUUAACUUCAUCCUACUUCA